AUGGCUGAUGCCUCUGUGUCAUUUGCAGUUCAAAAAUUGGGUGAUUUCCUCAUACAGGAAUUUAACCUACGUUUAAGUCUAAAAGAGGAUAUACAGUGGCUGCAAAGUGAGCUACUCUCCAUGCAGGCUUUCCUCAGAGAUGCAGAACAAAAACAAAGUGGAGAUCAAACGGUUAAGCAAUUGGUGGUGGAUAUCAAUACUAUUGCUAAUGAUGCUGUCGCUGUACUCGAGACUUACAGCUUGGAGGCUGGUAAAGGCAAUGAGGAUGGAUUUGCUAAUCGUUUCAAGGCUUGUGCUUGCAUCUGUAGGAAGGAGAAGAAAUUCUACAAUGUCGCCAAGGAGAUUCAAUCAAUCAAGAAACGAAUCAUGGGUAUCAUUCGCAAACGAGAGACUUAUGGUAUUACAAAUAUCAAUAAUGAUGGAGAAGGGACAAGUAAUCAGGUUAGAACAUUGAGGAGAACUACCUCAUAUAUAGAUGAGGAUCACAUUUUUGUUGGCUUUCAGGAUGUUGUACAAGCAUUACUAGAUGAACUUCUCAAAGCAGAGCCUCGUCGAAGAGUUCUCUCCAUUUAUGGAAUGGGCGGUUUAGGCAAGACCACUCUUGCAAGAAACCUCUAUACAAGUCCUAAUAUAGCCUCUACCUUCUUUACACGUGCUUGGAUAUGUGUUUCUCAAGAGUACAACACAAUAGAUCUUCUCAAGACUAUCAUAAAAUCUAUCCAAGGUUGUGCCAAGGAAACUCUAGAUUUGUUGGAAAAGAUGGCAGAAAUGGAUCUAGAAGUUUACCUUCGUAAGCUAUUAACAGAAAGCAAAUACCUUGUGGUGGUUGAUGAUGUGUGGCAGAGAGAAGCAUGGGAGAGUUUGAAAAGAGCAUUCCCGGAUAGCAAGAAUGGCAGCCGAGUUAUUAUUACUACACGCAAAGAAGAUGUCGCUGAAAGAGCAGACGACAGAGGUUUUGUCCAUAAACUUCGUUUCCUAAGCCAAGAAGAAAGUUGGGAUCUCUUUUGUAGGAAAUUACUUGAUGUUCGAGCAAUGGUUCCAGCAAUGGAAAGUCUUGCUAAGGAUAUGGUGGAAAAGUGUAGAGGCUUACCUCUUGCAAUUGUUGUAUUGAGCGGACUACUUUCGCAUAAAAAGGGGCCAGACGAAUGGCAAAAGGUGAAAGACUACCUUUGGAAGAACAUUAUUGAAGAUAAAUCUAUUGAAAUCUCCAAUAUACUAUCAUUAAGCUACAAUGAUUUGUCAACUGUGCUCAAGCAGUGUUUUCUGUACUUUGGUAUUUUUCCAGAAGAUCAAGUGCUCGAGGCUGAAAACAUAAUAUGGUUGUGGAUGGCCGAGGGUUUCAUACCAAGAGGAAAAGAAAGAAUGGAGGAUGUUGCUGAAGGUUUCUUGAAUGAGCUGAUAAGACGAAGCUUGGUUCAGGUGGCUAAAACAUUUUGGGAAAAAGUUACUAAAUGUAGGGUUCAUGAUUUACUCCGUGAUCUUGCCAUACAAAAGGCAUCGGAGGUAAACUUCUUUGACGCUUAUGAUCCAAGAAGCAACUCCAUAUCCUCUUUAUGUAUCAGACACGUCAUUCAUAGUCAAGGAGAAAGGUACCUCUCACUUGAUCUCUCUAACUUAAAGUUGAGGUCGAUUAUGUUCUUCGAUCCAGAUUUUCGUAAUAUGAGUCUUAAAAACUCCAGUAGUGUGUUCCAACAUCUAUAUGUGUUGUACUUGGAGAUGCGUGUUGACAAUAUGUUUUUUGUAUUAGUACCUAAUGCCAUAGGAAGUUUGUACCACCUCAAGUUCUUAAGAUUGAAAGGUCGUAUCGAUGAUCUUCCCACUUCCAUUGGCAACCUCAAGAAUCUACAGACACUUGUUAUCAAUGAGGGCAGAUACUCUUGUGAACUACCCCGCGAGACAGCUGACCUAAUAAAUCUAAGACAUUUAGUUGCUCCAUUUUCUAAACCUCUGAAACGUAUAAGCAAACUCACUAGUCUUCAGGUUCUUAAAGGCGUCCAUUGUGAUCAGUGGAAAGAUGUUGACCCUGUUGAUUUAGUCAAUCUUCGAGAAUUAAGCAUGCGUUAUAUUAACAAAUCUUUCUCCCUAAACAACAUUAGCAGCUUGAAAAACCUUAGCACUCUCUCAUUGUUUUGUAGAGAUGGUAAAUCAUUCCCAUCCCUUGAAUUUGUUAAUUAUUGUGAAAAGCUCCAGAAAUUGAGGUUAAAAGGGAGAAUCGAGAAACUGCCUCAUCUGUUUCCAAAUUCCAUCACAAUGAUGGUUCUGAGGGACUCAAAAUUGACAGAAGAUCCGAUGCCUAUUUUGGGAAUGUUGCCAAACCUAAGGAAUCUCGAUUUGUUCAAAGCUUAUGAAGGAAAAGAAAUAAUGUGCAAUGAUAAUAACAACUUCAGUCAACUAGAGUUCCUUACUCUUUACAAUCUUCGAAAGCUAGAAAAAUGGCAUUUAACCACAAGUGCCAUGCCUCUGAUUAAAGGUGUUUGUAUCGAUCAUUGUCCAAUGCUGAAGGAGAUUCCAGAGAGAAUGAAAGACGUGAAGCCUUUUAAACAUAUAUGA